GGGACCAAAGUCCCCAUUUAUGGCCUUGGGGGAGUUAACGUGUAAUAUUCUAGGAUAUAAGCUGGACCUGGAGUGAGCCCAGGUCUCCAGGAGCCACCGAGAGCUGCUGCCAGGAGCUGCCACCAUGCCGGGGAAAUUUGAGAUGAUGAACAUGGACAUGAAGUUGGGGACAACCCUGAAGAUCAAGGGCAAGAUCGCCAACGACGCCGAAGGCUUUGCGAUUAAUCUGGGCCAGGGGGCGGAUAAGCUGAAUCUGCAUUUCAACCCACGCUUCUGUGAAUCCACUAUCGUCUGCAACUCACGGGAUGGCGACAGCUGGGGGAAGGAGCAACGGGAAAAUCACAUAUGCUUCAGCCCAGGGUCAGAGGUCAAGUUCAUCGUGACCUUUGAGAGCGAUGGAUUCAAGGUGAAGCUGCCAGACGGGCACCUGCUGACCUUUCCCAACAGGCUGGGCCACAGCCACCUGAGCUACCUGAGCGUGCAGGGCGGCUUCAGCGUCUGCUCCUUCAAGCUCCAAUGAGUGGGCAGCACCUCGCCAGGCUGGAAGACCCCCAGUGCAGACUCCCUCUCUGUCACACAGGAUCGGCAGCCCAUGGGUCCUGGUUCCCCUGCCUCCCUCCCC